GAGGGCUGAGAAGAUGGAGCGCAUGAAGGUGGUGCUGGGGCAUCUGAGCGGCUCCCAGCAGCGGCGGGUCUGGGCGCCUUCCCCUUGCCGGGCCUCGCUGUCCGGCCCGGACGAUGUGGUGGUGGUGCACGGACGGCGGACCCCCAUCGCCAAGAGCAAGAGGGGCGGCUUCAAGGAAACUACACCAGAUGAACUUCUGGCUGCAGUCAUGACUGCCGUUCUGAACGAUGUAAAGCUAAGCCCUGAGCAGCUGGGCGAUAUCUGCGUGGGGAAUGUACUUCAACCUGGCGCUGGAGCUAUGAUGGCGAGAAUUGGGCAGUUUCUAAGUGGUAUCCCAGAGACUGUCCCAAUAUCGAGUGUUAACAGGCAGUGUUCAUCUGGAUUGCAAGCUCUGAUUAAUAUUGCUGGUGGUAUUAGAAAUGGCUCCUAUGAUAUUGGUUUGGCUUGUGGAGUGGAAAGCAUGUCCCUCCGCAGCGCUACCAACCCUGGAGAUCUCACUUCUCGCAUCAUGGACUUCAGCAAAGCUAGGGACUGCCUGAUACCAAUGGGAAUAACUUCUGAGAAUGUGGCAGAAAGAUUUGGUAUCUCCCGAGGAAAACAAGAUGCUUUUGCCUUGGCUUCUCAACAAAAAGCAGCUCGAGCUCAGAAGUUGGGGUGGUUUAAAAAUGAGAUUGUCCCUGUGACGACCACCAUCACAGAUGACCAGGGCACUGAGAAAACGAUCACUGUGCUGCAGGAUGAAGGAAUCAGGGCCAGUACCUCCCUGGAGGGAUUGGCCAGGCUGAAGCCGGCCUUCCAGGAGAAUGGCACCACCACAGCUGGUAACUCCAGCCAAGUUAGCGAUGGGGCCGCUGCGGUGAUCCUGGCCAGACGUUCCGCAGCCGCACAGCUGGGGCUUCCUGUCUUUGGGGUGCUGAAAUCAUACGCUGUGGUUGGAGUCCCACCAGACGUCAUGGGCAUAGGGCCAGCCUAUGCCAUCCCAGUGGCACUGAAGAAAGCUGGUUUGACAGUGGAUGAUAUUGAUGUGUUUGAAAUCAACGAGGCCUUUGCGAGUCAGGCUGUCUACUGUGUGGAGAAACUUGGCAUCCCCAUGGAGAAGGUGAACCCUCUGGGUGGUGCCAUUGCUUUGGGACACCCUCUGGGAUGCACCGGGGCUCGGCAAGUUAUCACUUUGCUCAACGAGCUUAAGCGCAGAGGGAAAAGAGGCUAUGGCGUGGUGUCCAUGUGCAUUGGGACCGGGAUGGGAGCAGCUGCAGUAUUUGAAUAUCCAGGGAAGUGAGCAGAACUUCAGCCUGUUUGUGCAGCCUGCCCUCAGGACCUGGAAAAUGACCAGCGAUCCGUCCUGAUGUGCCGUCCGGCUUCAUGAACGUUAGAUGCGAACCGUCCUCGCAGGACAAGAGCUUUAUGAAAUCCAGCGCCGCGGGAAUGAAUUUGGGAAUGGGGUGUAGCAAGGACCUAGGCGGCUGCUAGGUCCUUUUGUAUGAAUUAAUCGCUAGGGGGGGGUAAAAGGAUCUACCUGCCGAAUGGUGGUGGGUUGGGGGGCAGGCGGAGGGAAGUAGGGGUACCUGAGGAACUUGACGGAUCAGCGGUCUGAAAUAGAUUGCUUUAUCUGCAGUGCUGGGAUUAAUGUGCAAUUGGAGCAAGUUCCCCCACCUUCCCCUCCAGAAUCCUUACUCCAAUGAGUAAAUUCCUUAAAGUAGCUAAGGUAUUGCUUUUUUGGGGGGGGGAGGGAAUAAUGAUUACUAGAACCAGCUAGAAAAUGGGGUGCCAGCACAUUUGGGAACAAUAAAAAUAAUAGCACAGCAUUUAUUGCUGGCGGGCUCCAUUUUCAAAGCUGUUCAUAAGCAGUUAUUACUUUGAUUACUUUCUUUUUUUCCUCCUUAAGGUAACUUUAUCCCACGUUAUUUUUGAAAAUGAACUGGGACCAGGUAUGUUUCUUUAAAGAAAAUAUUGAACAGGAAGAAAACUGACCUUUACACCCUUAAAAGGAAAAGCAGCAGAACAAACCAGGCUAAAGAAUCACACAGUUCAGCUGCUGGUCCUAGCAAGAAAUAGCUCAUACUUGCUUUGCUGGUGUUCUAAGGAGCUAAAUCAAUUCUUAAAAGAUGUCUCAAUCUACUAAUUAAAUUUCUGUUAAUGGAUUAAAUUACAUUA